AUGUACAAAGGCAUGAUGAGUUCACCCCUGAACUACCAUCAAAGCUCUUCUCCACUGAAUUCCGAGAGCUUUAUCCAAUCGCUCGACGCCUUAGUCGCCGCCAAACCAAGAGCCCCGUCUAUCGCUAUGGUUCAGCUGUGCCACCGGCUCUGUAUGACUACGACGUUUGGGCGUGCCGUCAAGACAGACGCUCGUUGA